AUGCUUUGUAUAAUGGUAAGAGCCAAGAACUUGAUGAAUGGUGAGUCCACCAAGAGCAAGCUUUGGCUUAUGGAUUUGGCAGGCAGUGAGAGGAUUGCCAAGACAGAUGUGCAAGGGGAUCGGCUCAAAGAAGCUCAGAACAUCAAUAGAUCACUUUCAGCCCUUGGAGAUGUAAUAUCUGCUUUAGCAAGUAAAAGCAGUCACAUUCCUUACAGGCUUGAUAAAGCAAGGCAAGAAUCUAGAUCCAAAGAUAAAUCCUUAAGGAAGCAAGAGGAGAGCUUACAAAACUUUGAAAGCAAGGCCCGAGGCAAAGAUCUGAAUUGCAGAAACCAACAGGACAAGAUCAAAGAACUGGAAGGUCAGCUUGAGUUGAAAACAGUUCUAUACAGUCAGUCAGAGAAACAAGUUUCACAUCUUUCAGAGAGAUUGAAGGGGAAAGAAGAAAUUUGUGCUGGUCUUCAACAGAAGGUCAAAGACCUUGACACCAAGCUGAAAGAGCAAGGUCAAGAAUCCGAGUUUCAUUCUGUCAUCACCCAACAAAAGGUUGAGGAGCUUGAGAGGAAACUGAAAGAGCAAGAACAUAACUCAGAAUCUAUUGUACUUCGUCAAAAGAUUAAUGAGCUUGAAGACAAGUUCAGGGUGCAAGAACAACAGUUGGCAUGUACCCUAGCUUCAGAUUCUGCUAAUUCAUUAAGAUCCACUCCAACUGAAGAUAAACGCUGUGUUAGAGACGAGACUAUGAAUGAGGCUGACCGCUAUAUUCUGAGGAGUUCAAACUCAACUAACCGCCAAAUGAGUCGGGGGUCUAACUUGCUAAAGGGAAAUGACUUCCUUCAUGACAUAAGAAGGAAAAGAUUAUCCAGAAAUAGCGAAACAGAGAACAUCAUUGUAUCAUCUUCUCUCAAUGAAAAGAAGGCCAGGCAAUCUGACCCACCGAAACCAUUUCCCAGGGUUACAAAAACAGCAAACCCGGCAACAAAUGCUCCACGACGCUUGACUCAUAUCCGAACAGACAGAGAUCCCGUUCAAGGAGUUAAAGAGAUGGAUAGCAAGAAAAGGAUCUGGUCAAGAUAGCAAGGUGAAACUACUCGAAGCCAACUGGUAAUUGUGUUGUCUUUUCAAUUAACUCCUAUCCUUCACUGUGUAGUAGAUUACUAGUGUGCUUGAGGUCAAACUAAAUGUAAUCCCCCAUAUGUAUGUUAUAUUCUUGAGGGGAAAUCAAAUGUAACCCAUAUUCUGGGAAUGCUAAACUGUGACAAUAUUAUUCUUGCUGA